AUGCGUGAGAAGGCUCUGGAGCUUUUCGAAACGGGGCAAUUCCUCCCGGCUGCGUCGAGCUUUGUGAACGUCUUGCUGCGCUGCCCCACGUGCACAAAGUCCAGCUUCAAUCUCGCUGCCAUCCUGCAAAUGAUCGGUGAGACGUACUUUGCAGUGUCAUGCAUGCUGCGUGUUGUGGCUCUUGACGAUAGUGACUCUGUUGCGCAUACGGUUCUCCGAUCCGUGUACUAUCUGGAGGAACCUGAUCUCGUGGUAGCUGGGUAUCAUUCAAUCCUCGCCGAGAACCGUGAGAGUCACGUUCGAGCGGUGCACUCACUUGCAACGCUUGAGGGGGCUACCACAACCAAGACCGCUGCUCCCGCCUACGUUGCUGAAGUUUUCGACGAGCUUGCGGAUACUUUUGAGGAGAAGCUGGUGGCCCACUUAGAGUACCGUGUGCCGUGGCAGCUUGUCGAAGCCUUGCAAAAGCGUUCGCCUCCCGGAUUUAUCCCCAAAGGCUCGCCGCUAAAGCCGGAGUGGGUCGUGGCGGAUGUCGGCUGCGGCACCGGCCUCUGUGGCCGUCUCCUCCGUCCGCACGUCAAGCAUAUCACCGGGGUCGACAUUUCGCCUUUGAUGAUUGAGAAGACACGGGCCGAGGGCAGUUACGACGAGCUUCAGACGGCGGAUAUCGUGCCGUUCCUGGAGUCGUGCGCCGACGAAUCCUUGGACCUGAUCAUCUCGGCUGAUGUCUGGAUAUAUGUGGGCGCAUUGGAGCAAGUAUUCGAGUUGAGUGCCCGCAAGCUCCGUGCUUCCACCGGGUGGAUGGCCUUCUCGAUUGAGCUGUUGCCUCAAGGCAUCAUCGACAACUCUGAGGAUAACUCGGUCGGCUAUCGUUUAGCUCCGUCAGGGCGGUUCCAGCACUCGCAUGAGUACAUCUGGCGAACCAAUUCCUGGACGCAUUUACCUCCUCCAACAAACUACAUGAGGGUGAGUGAUCAUGUUAAUCAACUCAAAGCGAAAGCUCUUCGAACAGAAAAACUGUCUUCGGUUCCGGUGCUUGUAAUGCCCACCACAGAGGGGAUAGAUAAUUAUUACUUAGGGUGA